AAAAAAUAAGGGUACAAACAAGAAUUGGGCAUGGCAAGUUGUGUGGUAUCAAUAGUGACAAGUUUUCUGUGUAUGCUUUUGGGUUGUGUUUGUGUGUCUGCACAACAUCAAAGGGCUUUCUUUGUAUUUGGUGAUUCAUUAGUGGAUAAUGGGAACAAUGAUUUCUUAGCAACUUCUGCACGCGCAGAUGCACCCCCUUAUGGGAUUGACUACCCAACUCACACACCUACUGGACGAUUCUCUAAUGGCCUAAACAUCGCUGACAUAAUCAGUGAGCAACUUGGAUUAGAGCCUACAAUGCCAUAUUUGAGCCCUUUGCUUACUGGAGAGAAGCUCCUUGUUGGUGCCAAUUUUGCAUCUGCAGGGAUUGGAAUUCUUAAUGAUACAGGAUUUCAAUUUCUAAACAUAAUCCACAUCUACAAGCAACUGAAGCUAUUCGAGCAUUACCAGCAAAGAUUGAGUGCACGCAUUGGAGUAGAGGGUGCUCGGAAACAUGUGAACCAAGGACUUGUUCUCAUAACUCUUGGAGGCAACGAUUUUGUUAACAAUUAUUAUUUGGUGCCUUAUUCAGUUAGAUCUCGCCAGUUUGCUCUCCCUGAUUACGUUCGCUAUCUCAUUUCUGAGUACCGUCUAAUUCUCAGGAGGCUAUAUGAUAUGGGAGCUCGUAGGGUUAUUGUGACCGGAACUGGACCAAUGGGCUGUGUGCCGGCGGAGUUAGCGUUGAGAAGCAGAAACGGCGAAUGCGACGUCGAACUUCAGAGAGCUGCGUCUCUAUACAAUCCACAGCUUGGUGAUAUGAUCAAAGGACUCAACCAAGAGAUUGGCUCUGAUGUCUUCAUUGCUGCUAAUGCAUAUCAAAUGCACAUGGAUUUCGUUUUUAACCCCCAAGCUUAUGGAUUUGUUACAUCAAAGAUAGCUUGUUGCGGACAAGGCCCAUACAAUGGGAUUGGAUUGUGCACACCCCUGUCAAACUUGUGCCCAAAUAGGAACCUAUAUGCAUUUUGGGAUCCAUUCCACCCUUCUGAGAGAGCUAACCGAAUCAUAGUCCAGCAGAUCUUUACAGGUUCAACCGAUUACAUGCAUCCCAUGAACCUUAGCACCAUGAUGGCCCUUGAUUCUAGAGCUUGAUUCAUUUAUAGUUUUAAUUUAUGGUUGCAAUUUUCAGUGUAUGGACCCCCUAUGUAAGUUUUGCUCAUCUUUUGAAUUUUGACGACUCCCCUUGGCUAUAGUUAGCGUGAGUUUAAAGUGCCAAGUUUAUGUGUUGGUUUG